AUGUACACCUACACUCCCACUCACCGUUUCCUCGUCCUCUCUGCUGCCGACUCGGUCCCCUUCAACCCGGCCAACAAGUUUCUUGUCUUGUCGCCGACCGAGUCUGGCCCAGACCCUCGCGCCUUUGAGCAGGUCGUGACUGACUCGCCUUCCACUGAAGAGAGCCUUACCGCGGUUCCCAAGUCGCACCGCUCUGACAGCACAUCAUCUACCUCGUCCCAGGAUUCCAUGAGCGGCUUCUUGUACCUCGGCCACACGGCUCGACGAUUCUCUGAGUGA